AUGGCGCGCAAGCACCCGAAUGCCCCCUCCUUUCCGUGCAAGUACGCGGGCUGCACAACCACUUGUGCGCGGCCAUCGGAUCUACCAAGGCAUUAUAUGGUCCACACCGGCGAGCGGCCCUUCGAAUGCGAGACUUGUGGCAAGGCAUUCCGCCAAGAGUCCACGCUCAAGACGCACUUGAACACGCACACCGGCGCCAAGCCCUUCCGCUGCACCGACUUGGCGUGUGGCAUGGCCUUCGCCGACGGGUCGGCCUGCGCGCGCCACAUCAAGGAGCGGCACGUGAUGCGCGGGGCGUACCGCUGCCCGCACGAGCGCUGUGAAAAGAGACGGCCGAUCAAGCGCAAGUCCGAGUUCAAGCGGCACUUGCUGACCAGUCACAAGGGCGUGUUCGCGACGGACAGCGAGAGCCUGGAGGAGUUCUUCUGCGGCCCACGGGCGGAGGAGGAUAAUGGCAGGGUAAAUAAGGAUUACGCGGCCCAUUUGACGAUUCCGGGGUUGCCGUCUUACGGCUCCCGGCCCGGCUCGUACGCCGACACGGACUUCCAGUUUGUCCCCGUUGCUCAGUCAUACGCGUCAUCGAGCAGCUCGGCCGACAGCGCUAGCUCGGGCUACUCGGCCUCGCCCUCGCCUGUGUCGUUUGACUCGUUCUACGAGGAGCACCGCUACCUGACAUCCCUGGCACACCACCAAUCGCAACGCGGACAUGGCCAAUACGCGUUCUCUCUCCCGACGCUGCCCCCGCAGCCCGUCUUCCCGCCGCGCAUGCCAAUCCCGAUGCCGACGGACGCGCAGGCACGUGCGCUGUUGGACCUCACGCAUGACCUGCCCGCAUUCUUCUGA